UGCCACUUUCAGGUCUCCUCACACUGCUGGUGUGUUACAUUUUUUGUCAUAGGGUGCUGGCAGAUUACGGGCCUCCCAUUGCUGCCUGCCAGGCCCGUAAUCUGCCAUGGGCCCCAGUACCGCCUCCUCAUGCUGCUGCCAGGUCCACAGUCUCUCAUGGGUCCCUGUACGGCCUCCCAUUGCUGCUGUCUCCAUCGCCACACUCUGCCAUGUGCCACUUUCAGGUCUCCUCACACUGCUGGUGGGUUCCAUUUUGUCAUAGGGUGCUGUAUGGCCUCCCAUUGCUGCUGCCUCCACCGCCACACUGUGGCUCCACACUCUGGUUUUGGCCCCGUGACUGCCCAAAUGAGUGAAGUGUGCGGUGAUUCUAAGAUCGACGGCACUCAUCUGCAUGUCAUACUG